AUGGCCGAGCUAGGAGAAGCAGACGAAGCGGAGUUACAGCGCCUGGUGGCAGCGGAGCAGCAGAAGGCGCAGUUCACUGCGCAGGUGCAUCACUUCAUGGAACUAUGUUGGGAUAAGUGUGUUGAGAAGCCAGGAAAUCGGCUAGACUCCCGCACUGAAAACUGCCUCUCUAGCUGCAUGGCCCGCUUCAUUGACAUUACUCUUGCUAUCACCGGUCGGUUUGCCCAGAUUGUACAGAAAGGAGGACAGUAGGCCAUACCUCAGAACGAUGGAAGACCCAAAAGACUUGUUACUGAGCAGAUUGAAUGGCCAGUGGAGAAA